UGGUGUGUCGUCUCUCCUGUUGGCUCUUACAAUCGAAAGCAAAAAAACCUAAGUCCCAAAUAGAGAGCAAAGAUGCAGAGAUGGUGCUCUAAGCUCCGGUCCCUCGCCGCUCUCCGUUCAACUCCAAAUGCCCAUCACUACCCUCUUACUCCUCAUCGUCUUCUCCACACUGCUACCAAUCCCAUUAUUAACAAACCCUUCACACAGUCAAUACUCUCUCCCACCUUUAAACCCCUUUGCCAUGGUGGCCCUGUUUCGUUCCCCACUCACUCGUCUCUCCUCCCUCUUUCUUUCAUGCAAGUGCGGUACAUCACUGCAAAACAGAGGAAAAGGAAGUUGAAAAGCAGGAAGCCCAUGACUCCAAUCACAUCAAAAGUCAAGAAAAUCAAAAUGAAAUUUUAUUCGUCUUACAAGGACAGAUUUCGUGUGAUGAAGGAUGGCCAGAUUAGGCGCUGGAAGGAGGGGAAGAGACAUAAUGCACAUUUAAAGUCUAAGAAAUCAAAACGUCGGCUCAGGCAACCUGCUACGGUCCCUUUGGCUUAUGCAAAAGUGAUGAAGAAGCUCAGUUUCUGUUGAAGCAUUUUUAGUUUGAUGCUCUUACUGCCACUCUCACUUGAGUGGCGUUUCUUCUGGUCUUGUUGGUUAUCCUCUCGAAUCAGUGCAGUGUAGAAGAUUUUUUUCAAGGCAAACAUAUAACAUGUUCUGUUCAGGUCUUUUGUGACAAAGCUGCUGUUAGUCUAUUUCUUUGGCAAAUGGGUAUGGAGUUUGAUAGUUCUUGUAAGAACAAAUAAAAAUACAAGAGAUGAUCUAAGGAGAAAGGUGCAAGGACAAAAAAAUUUGUAUCAGGUAUCCAAGUGAAGAAACAGUCAAGUUCUUUCUUAUGAAUUAACUUAUCUUUAUCAAGUCAUAUGAUCUUAAUUUGAACCAAUCAUUUUACUUCUUUUUAGUGAUUUGUCAGGAAAUGAGAUGAAUAAACUAGUUUGAUUAUGUGAUUUUUUUUCUUUCAUA